UGUCUUUUCCUCUUUUUCUCCUCCCUCUCUAUACUUUAGAUCACUUCACAUCUUGCUCCCUUUCCGUAGUAUAACAUCUCAGUCAUACCAUAAUGUCAGGUGAUAAAAAAGGCAAGGUCAUCUUGGCCUACUCUGGUGGUCUUGAUACUUCUUGCAUCUUGCUCUGGCUCAUUGAACAAGGCUAUGAUGUCGUGGCUUACAUGGCUGAUGUCGGUCAGGAAGAGGAUUUUGAAGCCGCACGUGCAAAGGCUUUGAAAUGUGGUGCUGUCGGUUUCUUCCUCGCAGAUUUGAAACGAGAGUUUGUCGAAGAACUCAUCUACCCCGCCGUGCAAUGCAACGCCAUAUAUGAAAAUGUCUACUUGCUCGGAACCUCUCUUGCUCGGCCCGUCAUCGCCCGGGGCAUGAUCGAAGUUGCCCUCCGGGAGAAAUGCGACUUCGUGUCCCAUGGUUGCACCGGCAAGGGUAAUGACCAAGUCCGUUUCGAACUUGCCUUCUACGGUCUCGCUCCAAGUAUCAAAGUCAUCGCUCCUUGGCGUCUUCCAGAAUUCUACCAACGAUUUGCAGGUCGUUCCGCCCUCCUUGAAUAUGCCGCCCAGAACGGCAUUCCCGUUGUCCAAACCGCUGCCAAACCUUGGUCGACAGACGAGAACCUUUUCCACAUCUCAUACGAAGCCGGAAUUCUCGAAGAUCCCAACACCACACCACCUGACGACAUGUGGAAGCUCACCACAUCUCCUCAAAAAGCUCCCGAAACUCCUGAAACCCUCACCAUUGAAUUCUCCAAAGGUCUUCCCGUCAAAGUCACAUGCGAAGACGGGAAAGUCGUCACUGAUUCCGUCGAUGUCUUCCUCACCCUUAACGCCUUGGCUCGGAAACACGGUGUGGGUCGGAUCGACAUCGUCGAAAAUCGAUUCAUCGGUGUUAAAUCUCGGGGUUGUUACGAAUCACCUGGUGCGACCAUCCUCCGAGUGGCCCACAUGGAUCUGGAAGGCAUGACUCUGGACCGUAACGUCCGAGCAUUGCGAGAUCAAUUCAUAACCAUUCAAUUAUCCCAGAUCCUCUAUAACGGAUUCUUCUUUUCUCCCGAAAGGGAAUUUGUCACAGCCGCUAUCCCAGCAUCUCAAAAGACUGUGAAUGGAUUUGUGAGGUUGAAGCUGUACAAGGGGAAUGUGAUAGUUUUGGGAAGGGAUAGUGAUGAGGGACUGUAUGAUGCCAAGUUUUCGAGUAUGGAUGAGAUGGGAGGGUUUGAACCUACGGCGACUACUGGGUUCAUCGAUAUUUCUAGUAUCAGGAUCAAGGCGUGGAGUCGAGCCAAUCUCACACGGGGCCAAGGCGGUGUAUCCCCCGCCGACGUUUACCAUAGACAAUGAAAGGGCCGUCGAGGUUGAUUUUCAGCGGACGCCAUAGAUAGGAUUUGGCCCGAAGCAACAGGAUAUGAGAUCCAUUGUCAUGGCCAGUUUCGUGGGGAUGAGUACGAUACGGGAAUAGAGGCUGGUGAGUCCAUUCGGCCAUUGUAUAUAUCGCACCGCCAUGCAUAAUCUUGUCUUCUC